AUGACCCCUCCGUCGCCAGACGUACACAAGGCACUUGACUUGGUCGACCGUGUCCCACUUGAACAUCCUGCGUCCGCUCUAUUACGCGCCUACAUUCUCGAGGCCGUCCAGGCUCAGACGGCUGCAGAUUACGUACAAAGCCGAUUGACAACCGACGGACAUGCUGGUCUUCUUGUUACCGAUUGGAUUUAUGUUGUUGACUCAGUCAUCUCUGGCACCCAGCCGCGAGCCCCUUCGUCUGAUGAGAUCAAUGCCAUUAUUAAGCGAGACGGAGGUAUAUGCUGCGUAACAGGAAAGCAGGGUAGCCUCUGGGACCCCGUAAUUGUUGCCCCGAUUCUACCUGUGCCAGCUGCGUGGCUCAAAGACCAGCCACGUAUUAUAGAGCUACUUGUAGCCUUCUUUGGACCCCAGUACUUUGAUUGGUGGCGUUGGUUUAUCGGUAGACCUGAGAUAUAUUCACCUUAUCAAACUCACUGGCUUGUCCGUAGGAGCGUGCAUAAAGAAUUCCAGCGCGGCAUCGUCAAAUUAAUAAGAUUGACUUCAUCCAUGAUUGAGUUUAGAGUCGAGCAUGUUCUUAUUGAUGAUCAGCAACCUGUCGAUGUGAACGGCGCGAUUGCUUUGCUAGGUGAUCAUUCACGGCAGGGAAUUGAGAAGGCCGAUGCACGGCUGAUUGGUUCGCACGCCCGCUUCUCCAGAAGUAUCCAGCUAGUGAAUCUUGCAAGGACCAUCGCCCCCGGUCUUUUCUUUGAGCGGAAAUCCAUCACAGAUGUCCCUCAACAGCAUUUCCCAGUUCGAAUGCGCUCUGGUAGCCUCGGUCUGGAAUACGCGUUCAUGCGUCCAAUGAUGCUUUUGUGGCGGUUUUUCCCAUCCACAAUUCGUAUCGCGGCAUACGGGCUGUUGCAAAAGCUCGGAAACCGCUUCUACGGAAAAGAUGGAGAUGCGCAGGUUCAAAGGUUGCCUUUUGGACUAUACCUCAAGUGUAACUCCAACCCGGACACCCUGAGGAACGAGUAUAAUGCCCUUAAGGUCUUGGAACAAAAGACAAACAUCCCUGCGCCAAGAGUGUUCGAUGUAAUCUCUCAGCACACUGGCGAAGAUGAUUUCAGUUAUCUCCUCAUGAGUAGGGUUCCAGGCACAACAUUGGCAACAUGUCGGGAUGCGCUCUCUGACCAAGACUAUGCCAACCUCUCCGCUCAACUCAAGGACUGCGUCUCACAGCUUCGGGACAUCCCAAAGCCGAUCAACAAUGGUAUGGCCAUCUGCAAUACGUUGGGCGAAGCCUGUCGCGACCCGCGAAUUCGAGAUUGGGCCCCUAUCGGACCCUUUCCAGAUGAAGCGUCGUUUAGCCAGAAUCUACGCUUCUCAGAUGAGCCCAGCCGGCGUGGGCAUAAAAUUGUUUUUACGCACGGAGACCUCAACCCUCGCAACAUCAUGAUGGAAAGAACUAAAAGCUCUGCAGGAGCCAUAGGGUGGCGGUUAAGCGGAAUUAUAGACUGGGAAACAGCAGGAUAUUAUCCUGAGUAUUGGGAUUACACCAAGAGCAUGUUUGAGGGAUUUCGUUGGCCAAGAAGGCACAACGAGAUGAUGCAAGACGUAUUUAAUGAGUUUGGCGACUAUAGCAAGGAAUUGGAUGUAGAGAGGCGGGCAUGGGAGUCAGGAGACGGGAUUUAA